AUCAUUUCCUCAAUAUCUGGAUAUGACUCCAUUCAUGGCCUCAAAAAUUGGCUGCAAAUCUGGUUCUAAUGAUAGUUCUAAUGUCAACGCAUAUACCAAUGGAGUGGCAAAUAAUGACAACAAAUACUGUCUGUUCGCUGUUGUUAACCAUUCGGGGACUAUAGAGACGGGACAUUACACGGCAUUCAUUAGACAACAUCGGGACCAAUGGUUCAAAUGUGACGAUCACUUAAUAAUGCGCGCCAGUGUUCAAGAAGUUCUCGACAGCGAAGGAUACCUAUUGUUUUAUCACAAACAGAUCCUCGAAUACGAAUAAAACUGUUUGGAAACAUAUUCGUGAUAAAUACUGAACAGUAUUUUUGCUCAAAAACCGUAUUCUCAAC